AUGGAUCUAUUAUCAUUCACCGUGCUGCUCUCAGCAUCCUUGACCCUGGCGCAGAAUCAACAGCCUCUGUACUCCACCUACGCCUUCAACCCUCUCCAACACCUCGCAGGCAUAGCCCCCUACUUCGAGCCCGCCGAUCCACCACGUGACCCUUCACCACCACAGGGCUGCAGCGUCACGCGAGCAGCCUAUCUCGUCCGUCAUGCCGCCAUCAACGCCAAUGACUUUGACUAUGAGGAGUACCUCGAACCAUUCGGCAAGAAGCUCGCAAACACUACUGUAGAUUGGAAAGAGAGGCUGACCAGGACGGGAAAGCUGGAGGCGAGUCAGUUGGGCGUGCAAUUGAGCUAUCGAUAUCCUAAGCUACGUCUACCCAAGCGCGUGUGGACUUCGAGUGCAGAGCGCACCACCAUCUCCGCCCAAAGCUUUAUCCACGGACUGGAGAUGAUAGACGAUGAGAUCGAAAUGGUCACCAUCUCCGAGAGUAAGAAAGCUGGCGCAGACAGCUUGACACCCUACUCCUCCUGCCCGGGGUACUCUUCUUCCGCCGGGUCGAAACAAUCAAGCACAUACGUCAAGACUUACACCGCUCCCAUCUUGGCCCGCUUCAAGAGCCUCGCCCCAGCCUUCAACUGGACAAGCGACGAUGUCGUGGGAAUGCAAGAAUGGUGCGGCUACGACACCGUCAUCCGCGGCUCCUCCCCUUUCUGCUCACCCAGCCUCUUCCGCGCCGAUGAAUGGCUACAGUUUGAGUAUUCUCAAGACAUAAUGUACCACUAUAACACCGGCUACGGUCAACCACUGAGCGGGACGAUUGGAUUCCCAUGGUUGAACGCUACGCUGAACACCCUUAGCGCGCCACCCAGUGAGGAUGAUCAGGAUAUAUACGUCUCCUUCACGCAUCGAGAACUCCCGCCCACCGUCCUUGUCGCCCUAGGCAUCUUCAACAACUCCGAGUCCACCGGGAUCAACAACCCCAACGCCACUAUGCCUCUCGACCGCAUCAACUACCACCGCCAAUGGGUAUCCUCCUACAUCCUUCCCUUCUUGACCAACGUCGCAAUAGAGCAGAUGAAUUGCUCAGCUUCUUACGGGUAUGAGAAUGUGACAGACCCGACAUUCUAUCGUGUAGUAGUCAAUCAGUCCCCGCAGACACUACCUGACUGCUACGACGGUCCACUAGAGAGUUGUUCGGCCAGUGGUAUGCAGAAGCUUGUGCAGAAGCGAGGGGAGAUGUUUGGGAAUUUCAGCGCUGCGUGCGGCGUGACGUACGAUAAUACUACGGAUGUGCUGAGUAUAUACAGCCGGAACUUGACCGGGCGGAGUGUUGGGAAAUGA